AGAACAAAAAGAAAAUGUUGGCUGGAGUUGUGCUUUAUUCUCAAUAUCAUGAUCCCGAUCCAUCAAGAAGGUUCGCUCUGAUUUGUAAUGCAAAUCAUCCUAGAGUAUUGGGAUGACACAGGCGAAAAGAACUCUACAUUAUAUCCCACAACUGGGAAGCAUGUCGCUGACUUACACAUCUAUCUUCUGCUUUCUGUUGCUAGCUUUACACUAUGAAACAAGAGUGGAGGCUGCAGGUGCAAAUGUGGCUCUCCGGGGUCUUGCCUUUCAGUCCAGCUCCAAUCAAGGCUGGGGGGAAGCUUACCUGGCAAUAGAUAAUAAUACCAAUCCCAACCUUUUGUAUGGGUCCUGCAGCCAGACUACCUACGAGUUCCAGCCAUGGUGGACAGUGGACUUAAGACGUGGCUACCUCAUUGAUAACGUUACGAUUACCAACCAGAUGAACAAACAGCAAAGCCUGCUGCUGGGGGCCCAGAUCCAUGUUGGCAAAGACAUACAAGGCUAUGGAAUAUAUAACCCAAUCUGUGCUGUCAUACCUUCAAUGUCCUCGGGAGAGACUAGGUCAUUUCCAUGUGGGGGAAUCUAUGGACGUUACAUCACAGUAGUCAUACCAAACCUUACUGACAUGCUAACACUGUGCGAGGUUCAGGUGGCGGUUCUGAACAUACCAGAUCGUCAGCUCGGACUCAAGAUCAAGAGUGUGUCUAAUGCUGGAUCAAACCUUUCAGCAGAGGUUAUGAUAACGAAGUUCAAACAGCAACUUGCAAGCAAAAUCAGAACAUUAAGCUUGGGGAUUGACAAUGUUCUGCAGAGAGAUAACCAGACCUGUAUACCAAUGAAGACAUAACCCGAAAAUCGUGCUGGGCUCUUUGAGUAAAUUCUUCGCCAAUAAAGAUAACCAAAACACACAAUAAAAUAUACUCGAUUAAGGUGUAUUAAUAUAUAUGUAUCAUGUGCAACUUAACGUGAGCAUACUACGGGUCAGCUCCUUCACCUCUGACCUCGAUAGGAUCACUAACCAAUAAAAAUAAAAGAGAAAGUAGAUCCCA